AUGUUACUAUGGCAACUAAUAAUUGCCGGUGUAGCAGUCCAUCUGAUCCUGUUUUAUUCCAUUUUUGAUAUUUACUUUACAUCACCCCUGGUCCAUGGAAUGACACCGCACAAAUCAGAGUUCCCCCCUCCUGCUAAACGCCUCGUUCUGUUUGUUGCUGAUGGCCUGAGAGCAGAUAAAUUCUAUCAAGUCGAUCAGGAUGGUAAAUCCAUGGCUCCUUAUUUAAGGAGUAUAAUAGAAACGAGAGGAUCAUGGGGUGUCUCCCAUACUAGAGUACCAACUGAAACACGGCCAGGCCAUGUGGCUUUGAUAGCUGGCUUCUAUGAAGAUGUCAGUGCAGUGGCUAAAGGGUGGAAAGAGAAUCCAGUAGAAUUUGAUUCAGUAUUUAAUGAGAGUAGAUAUACAUGGUCUUGGGGCAGCCCUGAUGUUUUACCCAUGUUCUCUAAAGGUGCCAGCGGAGACCAUGUGUAUGUAAAUUGUUAUUCAGCAGAAUUAGAAGAUUUUGGUGCUUCAGAUACAGACAUGAGAAGAUUGGAUACCUGGGUUUUUGAUAGGGUUAAGGAGUUUUUUGAGGCUGCUAGAAAAGAUGAAGAAUUACAGUUUAAAUUAAACCAGGAUAAAGUUGUGUUUUUUCUUCAUCUACUUGGUUUAGAUACAACAGGUCAUACUCAGAAACCGUAUUCACAAGCAUAUUUUAAGAAUAUAGAGUAUGUUGAUACUGGUAUUAAAGAUAUAGAGGAGUUGAUAGAAACAUAUUAUAACCAUGAUGGACAGACAGCAUAUAUCAUGUCUGCAGACCAUGGCAUGACAGAUUGGGGUUCACAUGGUGCUGGACAUCCAAGUGAAACAUUGACCCCAUUAGUAGCCUGGGGGGCAGGGGUACGUGGACCCCAGACACAGGAAAGGUGUGGCCAAUUUCAGGAUAAAUUCUGUCAAGAAUGGGGAUUAAAUCAUUUAGAAAGAACAGAUGUGGAACAGGCUGAUAUAACUCCAUUAAUGUCCUAUUUAAUUGGUGCUGCUUUUCCUUUAAAUUCUGUGGGUAGUCUACCAGUCGACUAUUUAAAUUUAACAAAAUGGCAGAAAGCUGAGGCAUUAUAUUCCAACGCUCGACAGAUCAUGGAACAAUUUGAUGUAAAAAUGGAGCAAGUUAAAGAAAGUUCCUUUUCUGCCACAUUCCAAUAUUUCAAAGACCUUACUCCUACUAAAAAGUUGAAUGCUUUAAGAAAUUUGAAAACCCUGAUAAAAGCUGGCCAACAUGAACAAGCAAUAUCAGAAGGACAAGAAUUAAUUCAGACUAUUUUACAAGGUUUAAAUUAUUACCAGACCUAUAAUAGAUCUUUUCUAGGAACGAGUAUCGUAUCAGGGUUUCUAGGAUGGAUGGCGUUCGUAUUACAGUUAGUUUUACACAGAUAUUCUAGUUUAAAAUAUCAGGUGAAACAGUGUCAGUCUAGUCUAGUUAAUAUGAUAUUCUAUAUGAUUGGUCUAGUUGUUAUAACCUUACUAUACAUGAUGCACGCACCUGUAAUGUAUUAUGUAUAUUGUUUACUGCCAGUUGUCUUGUGGAAUAAAGCUAUACAUGGUAUAAUAGAGAACAGUAGAAGAAUGAUUAAUAAAAACAAUAUGGUUGAACUAGCCUUGUCUAUUGUUAGUACAGUAUUAGGACUACAGAUAUUGGUUGUAGGAUUUUUCUAUCGUGAAUUAUUGUCUCUAGUAUUACUAGGAAUGGCCGUUUGGCCUCUUUCUUCUUCCAAUACAGCUAGCAAGUGUACGAAGAUUGGCUGGAGUAUUAGCUGUCUCUUAUUAGCGAUAUUUCCUCUCUUACCAUUGGUCGGUCAGAAUUCAAACUAUACUUUAGUAUUAUGUUCUGGAAUAUUACAGGUCAGUAUUGGUCUGAUUAUCACUAAAAGAAAUACCACUGCUUGUUUUAACUAUAUAUAUUCAAACAUAAUGAAUUGUGUCUAUGUUUUCCAGACUAUAUUAGUUAUUUUAUCAACAUGUGUGGUGUUUGAUACUAAAAAUAGUAUCAAUGAAGGUCAAGGCCUACCAGUCACAUGUCAAAUAUUUAGUUGGACGUUACUAGUCUUAUGUCCUAGUCUACCUCUGUUAUCAUCAUGUAGUAUAGAAGAAAGAUUAUCCAGCCUGUGUUUAUCAUUUACAGCUUUAUAUCAGCUCAUGUCCAUUACUUAUGAAGGUUUGUUUCUAUCAUCAUUAUGUAUGUUGUUAUAUUAUUGGUUGUCUAUGGAAAAUGAAAACUCACAAAAUAAAUCACGUAAAAAAUUAAGUGAGAUUAGUUUUGAUAAUGAGAUUUUACUAAGUAAUAAAAAUCAUAAUGACGUCACCAGAUCUCUAGAGAUUUCAGAUCUACGUAGAACUUUCUUUUUUAUAUUUUUAACGUUAAUAGGAUUUUUUGGAACUGGAAAUAUUGCCAGUAUCAACAGUUUUGAUCCAUCAUCUGUGUAUUGUUUUUUAACUGUUUUUAAUCCUUUUGUUAUGGGAUUUCUAAUGAUGGUGAAGAAUUUAAUACCUCUAUUAAUAGUAACGUGUGUAUUUCGAGGUGUACAUGUUAUAACACGAGUACCAACAAAGGCUUUAUUUUUACUGGUACUCAUCAUGUCUGAUUUUAUGGGUUUGCAUUUUUUCUUCUUGGUACAAGACACGGGGUCCUGGCUGGACAUAGGAACUAGUAUCAGUCAUUAUAUUAUAGUUAUGACUAUGAUUAUAUUUCUUAUUCUAUUGUUUGGACUCUCACAGAUUCUUAUGACUUUUAAACUCAGAUUACGGUAA